UUUUAUGUGAUGGCUGAUUUAAAAAAAAAAAAAAAAAAGAGUGCUAAAUUUCCUGACGUGACCACGAACGGUGAAUGCAACAUACAACACGUGACUCAAAUCCAGGAAGUGAAUCGAGUGUCAACAUUGAAACCAUGGCUUCCUCAGACUGGCAUCUGUCCCUGAAGCUGCUGGAUCAGCCCAAAUCUACCUUCCACUUCCCGGAGAUGAUGCCUGGGGACGUGGCUCCCGGAGGCUACAGAGUCGCCACCCUAAAGCAGCUUGUGGCCGCUCACCUCCCAGACUCCAUACCCGACCCCGACCUCAUAGAGUUGGUCCAUUGUGGGCGUAAGCUGAAGGACGACUUCACGCUGGAUGCCUGCGGGAUUCAACCGGGAUCUACGUUGCACGUACUGAAAAAGACAUGGCCGGAACCUGAGAGCAUUGCAGAACCUGUGAACAGGGCCACUGCGGCCAGGGAGUUCCGAAUGCUCCACGCUGCCCUCCACUCGCUACACUCCACCUACAGAGACUCAGUCUACAAAAUGCUGACCAACAAGGAGUCUCUGGAUCAGAUCAUCGUGGCCACACCAGGGCUCAGAUCCGACCCGAUAGCUCUAGGCGUUCUGCAAGACAAAGAUCUCUUCGUGCAGUUCACAGACCCCAGCAUGUUGGACACACUCAUCAGCUCUCACCCGGCACUGGUCAACGCCAUCAUCCUGGUGCUGCACUCCGUGGCAGGAAGCACGCCCACACAGUCCACCGCCACCGCCUCCUCUUCCCGCAACGUCUCAGCCAGCUCCUACAGUGACAUGCCAGGAGGCUUUAUGUUCGAGGGCAUGUCCGAUGAUGACGAAGACUUCCAGUCUCAGGGCAGCCCGACGGGCCCUUCAAGCAGAGCGGGGGCCUCGACGGGGAUACGGCCGCUCUCUCUGAACCACAGCGGCGCCACGGGCCCUCGACCAAUCACUCAGAGCGAACUAGCCACGGCGCUAGCCCUAGCUAGCACACCCGAAAGCAGCGCAGUGACCCCAACCACAGCCAGCCAGGCCGAGCCCUCGAGCGGGGGCGCCCCCAUGCCAGCAGGGACCCCCGUCAGCAACGACCUGUUCAGCCAGGCGCUGCAACAAGCCCUCCAAGCCACCAACAUGUCUGCCCUGCAGGGUCGCUGGCAGUCGCAGAUGCAGCAGCUCAGAGACAUGGGCAUCCAGGACGAGGAGUUGAUGCUCCGAGCUCUGCAAGCCACCGACGGAGACAUCCAGGCCGCUUUGGAGCUCAUCUUCGCCGGAGGACCGGGACUCUGAACACUGACCUUCUCAUGGACUUGGACUCAGAACCUCCACAUAAAUAACAUAGGACUUUUGCUGUCACAUUAUGACAUCUACUGUAUUAUAAUAUCCUCAUACUUUCUGUCAUUCACUACAUUUAUAAUAAAUACAAAUAUGGAUGUUU